UCUUUAGAACAUCAUUAAGGGCCAGCGAACACUCCUGAGAUCAAAUGGCAGAACCAGCACAGGAGGACUGAUGGACCUCUCUCUUAACUGGGUUUAAACUGGAUUUCUAAAAUGGAUUUUGUCUACAUCUAAAGACAUGAAAGCGGGCCGAAUUUACAGACUUAUUAAAACAGCAGGACUGUACCCACUGGACCCUUGCCAAAAAGGAACUAAGUUUAACGCUCUGACAGGAUUGCAAGAGUGAGUUACGGCGUUAUUGGCAUCCACGCGACCCGAACCACUGGCCGUUGUCUCACAUUAGGCUUAGACGCCAUGUCUUCUUCCAUUGAAAAGUAGACCCUACUCCACAGCUACGUUAGUAUUAACGACUCUAGCUAAAGUGUUUUUGCUUUUAUAGUCACCAUGUUCACCUUUUUAUGGACCUUUUCAUCAGUGAAAUGGAUGGUUUUCUGUGAUUUGUACAUAUAAGAAAUGGCUAUAAGAAACAUGGAUACGCAAAGGCCUUUUCUAGAUCCAACGUUUAACUUCAUCAGUGGUACAAACUACACGGAACUGCCACCCCGUUCGGUCUUUGGACCUGCAGAUGGCCUGAGCGCGGACUUGUAUCAUAUGGACUUUCAUGGAUCCAACGAAGACGCAGCGUCCGUUCGGGGAGUCGAGAAUUCAGGUGCUCGACGAAAUGAAUAUAAAGCUAAGACGGUUCUGGCUAAUUCGUCCGUCUAUUGCCUGAGCUCCCACGGCGAGAGAACUAAGAGAAAGCGAAUAAUUACCACCGUUCAACGCCAGGCCGCCAAUAUUAGGGAGCGCAAAAGAAUGUUCAGCCUCAACGAAGCGUUCGACGAGCUUCGCAAGAAAGUUCCUACUUUCGCGUAUGAGAAAAGGCUGUCGAGGAUUGAAACGUUGCGUCUUGCGAUCAUAUACAUCUCUUUCAUGACGGAAUUAUUGGAAAAAUAA